GAUCAUGCGCUAGGUGUUGUAUAUGUCAGCAUUGAUAAUGUUUGCACAUGUGAUGAUACAUAUUAAUUGUUGUAGGAAAUGGCGGACGAUGAGUUAACUGAUAUGAUGUAUGACAUGGAGUUUGGAGAACUGAUGAAAGACUGGAUAGAAGAUUGGUCAGAUGAUGAAAAUUCAGAUCGUGGAGAUAGGUCAGAGAAUGGGAACGUAUUGGAAGAUCUUAAUAUGGAUGAACAUGAUGAUGGUCAGGAAAACAAUGAGCAUGAUGAUGGUGAGGAAAACAACUCGGAGAUCUCGAAUGAAGAUUACAUUAGUCAGCUCAUUUCCGAAUGUCAUAAUGCGUACGACUAUUACGGUGAAUCCGAUGCGGAGACAGGCCUUGAUGUCGAAUCAUUAGCUGCAUCUGAUUCUGGGGAGUCGCAAUCGUCGGUCAUCAUGAGUGAGGUGACAGAAGUUGAGGGUAAAAAGAAUGUCCAAGAUACUGCUAGUGCAGAUGAUAAGAGGGAUAUGUUCAUGCAGAUAAUACAAAUGACUUUUACGUCUCACGAGGCUGCGUAUGAUUUCUACAACAACUAUGCUAGAGAUAAUGGUUUCAGCAUUAGAAAGAAUAGGGUCAGGUAUAGCAAAACCGAGUCACGUCAUAUGCGUUAUAGGCGGUUUGUUUGUUCCAGACAAGGAAAAUGUGACAGCAGGUUGCUAACCGAGGAAGGACACAGCCGUAGGCUCAGACCCGAGACACGCUGCCACUGCGAAGCGCACCUGACCGUGAAGCUUGACCAAAAGCGUGGGGUUUGGUAUGUUGAUAGUUUUGAGGACAAGCAUAGCCAUAUCUUGGCAGGACCGGACGAGGUACCUUUUCUUUGGUCCCACAGAAAAAUCAAAGAGUACCAGAAGCAUGAGAUAAUGUCCAUGGGAGCUGCAGGGAUUAGAAUUCACGACAUGAUGGAUUGCUUCAUCAGCAAACGUGUAUGGUACGGCGGUGUUGGUUUUACCAGGCGUGAAAUAUACAACCUUUGCGCCAGGGAGAAGAGGAAGCUGCUUUCAAAAGGUGAUGCUGCCACAGUCAUAGGCAUCAUGGUCAGUAGGAAACAGAGGGAUCCUAGCUUCUUUUUCGAGUACAAGCUAGACAAGGAAGGACAUAUGAAUAGGAUGUUCUGGUGUGACUCCCAGUCUCGUCAUGACUAUGAGGACUUCGGCGACGUGCUUGUAUUUGACAGCACGUACAAGAUGAACCGGUAUGGUAUGCCAUUCAUACCCUUUGUUGGUCUUAACAAUCACCGGAAGACCACUGUUUUUGCUUGUGCCAUAGUUUCGGACGAGACCGAAGAGACAUAUGUGUGGCUGCUGGAGACUUUUUUGAGGUCCAUGUGUCAAAAGAUGCCUAUGAGUGUUAUCACGGAUGCCGACGCUGCGAUGAUCAAGGCAAUUCGCCAAGUCUUGCCAGACGUGUGGCACCGUAUAUGUACGUGGCAUAUAGAAAAAAAUAUGAAGAUUCACCUCAGUCACAAGUCCUUGAAGGAUUUCCGAACUCUGCUGUACUACAGCACGUCCACCGCCACGUUUGAGGAGAGAUGGCACGCGUUUUCCAAAAGAUGGCAGUCGGAAAAAAUAGUAACAUGGUUGAGACGGAUGUAUAAGAAGAGGAGACUGUGGGCCGCGGCUUAUCUGACAGAGGGUUUUUGGCUUGGCAUGAAAAGCAACCAGAGGAGUGAAAGUCUAAACUCAUGCCUUCACCUCCACCUAGACGGUGAAAUGACCCUGGUGGAUAUGAUUUUGCACUAUGAGAACGCCGUUGUGCGUAUCUGUGAGAAUGAGGCACGAGAUGAUUGCACGGCCUCACAGAGUUUACCGGUGCCAGUUACUAGCUCGAGGGAACUUGAGAUAGCUGCUUCUCACGUCUUCACUCCAGCAAACUUCUAUAUGUUGCAAGCUGAUCUUAGGAAAAUUGGUGGCAUGAAGAUUGUAGAAAUAAAGCUCGGAGACGGAUCACAGCAGUACAUCGUGGCCUGGAAGAAUAACCGGAAGAGCCGUUUUUGGGUGGAGUACACUCUAGUAAAUUCCGCAGAAACUAUAAGGUGCAGCUGCAAAAGAAUGAUUCGAAAGGGUCUACCUUGCAAGCACAUAUUCCAUGUACUGAAGUACUUGAAUAUAUCUGAAAUACCAAAGUGUUUAGUUCUUGUGCGGUUCACGAAAGACGCAAGGUUGGGACUGCCCGCCAGGCGCACAAGCGAUCUUUUGGGAUUUGGAUGGACUGGAGCAGCUGAAAGAAUGAAAUAUAGCCAGGUCAGUGUGUUGGCUUCAGAAGCUAUGCAUGCAGCAUGCAAACACCCAACUUUGUGGGAUCAGUUACAGGAGAGUUUGAAGGCCGUGAUAGCUAAGAGCCAUGAGUAUGAUCAGCUAAAGGAAAAUUUGAGUAAGAAAACGGCUGAUCUUAGUACUUGUGCAAUUGAAUAUGUAGAUGAUGGUGAAGGCAACAUAGUUGAAGUUCAUGAUCCUAUUAAAGUAUCAACGAAAGGUGCAACUAAGGUAGAUGAGAACCGCCCUAUGUCGAAAAAUGGUAGGCCACUUUCGUACGACGAGAUCAGAAUCAGGCUAGUUGCUUUUGAUUCCUUGGACACUGGCAGACGUUUUCUUGCCUGUGGUCAGAAGGAGGAUGCUCUCACGCAGUUGGGCAAUGCAAGAUUGUCACUUAGCGAUCUCAAAGAGGAGCUGGAGAAGAAUAAGAUGGCAGAUCAUGGUUGUGCCAAUCUACAUCAGAUCCUGAGGGUAAAGGCUGAGAAAGACCGGGACCGGGUGGUGCUAGAGAGAGACCAAGUGAUGAGAGAGAGGGACCAGCUGAAGCAAAAGAAGAAAAAACUUGAGUAUAUUAUUGCAGAUUUUCUCAAACAGAAACAUGGGUACGUUGAUAAGAUCAAGAAGCUGAAGGAGAUUUGUGAUGAAUUUUAA